AUGUGGAGGUUCUCAGGCGUCCGCGCCACGCUGCGAGGGGUGCGGACCGCGGUGGGACAUUGCAGCCCGGCCGAGGCGGCGAGCGAAAAGGCGGCGGGCGCGAUGGAGCGAGCCGUGGUGCGCUGUGUGCCCUCUGAGCCCAAGCUGAGCCUGUCGUUUGCCCUGGCCGACGGCAGCCACAAGAACAUGCAGCGCGAUCAGAGCGAGCCGUUGGGUCGAGUGCUGAGCCGGAUCGCCACCAACGCCCUCAAGGGCCACGCCAAGGCGGCCGCGGCUAAAAAGAGUCGGAAGAACCGGCCGAGCGCGAGCGGCGGCGCGGACCCUUCGGUGUCCGGACCUGAGCCGGCUGCGGCCUCCGAGCCGGUGGUGAAGCUGUAUUACCGGGAGGAGGCCGUGGCUGAGGAUGUGCUCAACGUGGACGCCUGGCAGGACGGCGCGGUGCUUCAGAUCGGCGAUGUCAAGUACAAGGUGGAGCGCAACCCGCCCGCCUUCACCGAGCUGCAGCUGCCGCGCUACGUCAUGGCGGGCUUCCCGGUGUGCCCCAAACUCAGCCUGGAAUUUGGGGAUCCCGCGAGCUGCCUCUUCCUCUGGUACAAGGAAGCCAGGCCAGGAGCGGCGGAGCCUGAGGGCGGCGGCCCGUCUGCAUUGCCUCCCUCUUCGCCGACUUCCGCUUGGACCGAGACCGGUGUGCGGGAGCGGGUCUACACCCCUUCCAACGCCGACAUCGGACUGCGGCUCAGGCUCCGCUGCACCCCCGGCAAUGGGCAGCGCUUCGGGCCGAGCCGCGAGCUGGAAAGCGUGUGCCCGGUGGAGGCCGGACCUGGCACCUGCACUUUUGACCACCGGCAUCUCUACACCAAGAAGGUGACAGACGACGCGCUGGUCCGCACGGUCUCCUACAACAUCCUCGCGGACACGUACGCCCAGACUGAGUUCUCCAGGACUGUACUGUACCCAUACUGUGCCCCCUACGCCCUGGAGGUCGACUACCGCCAGAACCUUAUUCAGAAGGAACUCGCCGGCUACAACGCCGACCUCAUCUGUUUGCAAGAAGUUGACCGCGCAGUGUUUGCGGAUAGCUUGGUACCUGCUCUGGAGGCCUUUGGGCUGGAGGGCGUGUUUCGAAUCAAGCAGCAUGAAGGUCUGGCCACUUUUUACCGAAAGUCAAAGUUCACCCUCGUUGGCCAGCAUGACAUUUCUUUUCAGGAAGCCCUGGAGUCCGACUCACUUCACAAAGAACUGCUGGAGAAGCUAGUUUUGUACCCCUUGGCGCAGGAGAAGGUGCUCCAGAGAUCUUCUGUCCUGCAGGUUUCAAUUCUUCAGUCUACAAAAGACUCUUCUAAAAAAAUAUGUGUUGCUAAUACACAUCUCUACUGGCAUCCCAAAGGAGGGUACAUUCGUCUCAUUCAGAUGGCAGUAGCCUUGGCUCAUAUUAAACAUGUCUCGUGUGAUCUGUAUCCCGGCAUUCCCGUUAUAUUUUGCGGGGACUUCAAUAGUACACCAUCAACAGGAAUGUAUGAGUUUGUCAUCAGUGGCAGCAUUCCAGAGGACCAUGAAGACUGGGCUUCCAACGGGGAAGAAGAAAGAUGCAAUAUGUCUCUCAAGCAUUUCUUCAAAUUGAGAAGUGCUUGUGGUGAACCUGCUUACACAAAUUAUGUUGGUGGCUUUCAUGGGUGUCUAGAUUACAUUUUCAUUGACUCAGAUGCUUUAGAGGUUGAACAGGUGAUUCCGUUACCUAGUCAUGAAGAAGUUACUACCCACCAGGCCUUACCUAGUGUUUCCCAUCCUUCAGAUCACAUAGCUCUUGUGUGUGAUUUAAAAUGGAAAUAGAUUUGUUUAACGGCAUUUGUUUAAAAUCUGAAAAGGCAAUGACUUUUAGGAAACUUAAUGUAACCCCCAAAGAGAACAUCUGCCACUAAUAUAAAACCUUAUAUUCAUUCCUAGUAAUGUUCCAGAUCUUUGUCACAAGACCCUUCAUAAUGUUUGCAUUGUAUAGUUUCUCUACCUUUUUUCCAUAAACGUGGAAGGAAAAGAGAUAUAUUUAUGAUUAGCAAAAAGAAAUUGAAUCGUGUACAUUUUUAGAAAAGAUUUUUUAAGCUGGUAAUUUAAGAAUUUUUAAAACACCCUUUGAUCUUUCUAACACAUUUCAAAUUGAAUCAUGUUUCUAUAAUGUGGGGAAAAGAAAUACACAUAGGUUAAGGUGGGAAACAAGUUCUGACACAUGGAGGAAUAACUUGAGGGUCUACUUCUACCUCAAUUUGGUUAGCAAUUUGUUACAACUUCAGAGUUUUAGCAAAAGAUUAAAAUACAGCAUCACCAAUUUUUAUUACUUCUUUUGUUUUUCAACCAACAAGGUGUUUGCAUUCUUUAGUUUUUGGUACACGGUAUACAUGAACAUAAUUUAUACUCUCAUUCAUAUUGAAGCUCAUUUAAAUUUUUAUGGUUGUAAACACAGUUUAAUAUUCAGAGUGAAUAGUGACAUAUUCAUUCUCUUUAUUCUUGCCCAUGAAAAAUGUUCCAGGUAUUUUCAUGUAAAUUGCCAGGUAUUUGACUACAAUAUUUUUUUGUCUUUUUCUUUUUUAUUGGUACCGGGGAUCAAACUCACAACCACACACUUGCAAGGCAGGCACUUAUGCCUGCUGAGCUAAAUCCCCAGCCCCCUUUUUUGACUUUUUGAGAUGAGGUCUUUCUGUGCAGUUCAGGCUGGACCUGAGCUCCCUUUGUAGCCAGCCUGGUCUUGAACUUGCCCUGAACCCUCCUGCCUCAGCCUCCUAAGUGCUGGGAUUACAGGCGUGAGCCACCACACCUGGCCUUGACCAUACUAGAGACCAUACUUGCACAAUACAUUACUGUAUGAGAAACUGUCUACCAACACAAGCUGGAAACUGGAUGAAGCUUUGAGCUGUCUUCAUCAGUUAAAAGUGUUUUGAAAAUUUUGUUUUUAUAAAUAGGAAAAAAGGUAAUAGGGGUUUCCAGCAUACCUGAAACAAAAACUUUAUAGAUGAGCAUAAUAUGUGAGUUACAGAGCAACAGUAUAUAUAAUUCAUUGUAAAAGAAGAUUUAAAUAUGAAGCCAAACUGUGGAAAUAUACAGAACAACACUGUUUAUAUAAUUCAUUGUAAAAGAAAAUUUACAUAUGAAGCCAAACUUUGGAAAACAAGGAGUUGUACUAAUUAGUGUCCAGAGGGAUAACAAAGCUUCACUAACUCAUUCAUUAUCACACUUAAUUUUUAAUCUUAGUUGUUUUUGAUAUUUAAGAAAACUAAAUGUUACCUUAUUCCACAUUUAGUUUCUAGCUCAGAUAUUAAAAGCCUACUUAUCCCAAGAAAAGCUCCAAGUCAUGAAAAACAAUGUUUCAGAUUCUUUAAUUUUGAAGCCAGUACCCUAAGAAAUUGUCUGGAUAAUGUAGUCUGUUUUCACACCCUGCUGCCUAAUGCGUUGUUAGACUCUUAGUUUAGGAAGUUAGGGAAUGAGGUUUUACCUGCACUUAAGGUUGAACUUUGAAGCACUUGAAGGAAAAGUUUAAGGAGUCAGUUUCUUGGGAACUUGUUUAGAAAAUACCAUAAAUGAAUAAACUGACGCUACCAAACUGUGCCUUUGUAAGUACCAUUUUUGAGAGAGUUUUAAGAGCCGUUGACAAUGCAAAUAAAUUAAAACCAGAAUCUGGUUCCUUUUAUAAUACA